UCCGGACAUGCUUGUUGUUGACGCGGAUUUUGUUUCACAGCGCUAAUAAGGUUAUCUUACCGUCAGUGGUGUUGGAAAAUGAGCUAAAAAAGUUGCUUACCGUCCGUCUGUGACUCCAUUUCCCAUGAGCCUCCACUCCGCAACAGACGUAUUGACGUCAUCUUUAGUCGACUGUCAAGCUUACAGCUGACCCACACUCACACUGACCUGAUUGACGCCCGUAUACGAUAAGUAUGAUGAUAGAGUUGCUUUUCAGUGGUAGUGGUAGUGUUUACAGACAUUAAGCCUCUCAGUCCAACAUGUAUAUUCUACUUUAUACGACUGGAACCUCAGUUUGCACGAUAUCUAGUCGGUUAACCCGCUGAUAAACACGCGCGUGUGUCGUUCUUGGAAAGCUGUCCUCGCUAGUUCAAUACAAAAUGACUCUUCCAGCUUUGCACAACACUAGCGUGGUCUACAGACGGAUUUUGUCUCAGUUUCCUCAGGACAUCAGUUUAGCAUUUGCUUAUGGAUCCGGUGUAUUCAAACAACAUGGGACCAGCCAAGGUCAGAUGGAGAAAAACAUGCUGGACUUUGUGUUUGCCGUGGAUGACCCAGUGACGUGGCACACCAUGAAUCUGCUGCAGAAUCGCAAACACUACUCCAUACUCAAGCUGCUCGGGCCCACAAUGAUCAGCAAUGUACAAAAUGAACACGGGGCUUCGGUGUACUACAACACACUGGUACCUGUGGACGGGAGGACUAUCAAAUAUGGUGUGAUCAGUACAGACUCUCUGAUAAAUGACAUGUUACACUGGAAGACCUUGUAUGUGGCAGGACGUCUACACAAACCGGUGAAAAUGCUGGUACAGAGUGAGAAUGGAAAACUCCGAGCUGCUUUGGUGGCAAACCUGAAGAGUGCAGUGACAGCCUCCUUCCUCAUGCUGCCUGAGAGCUUCACUGAGGAAGACCUUUUUCUGCAGAUAGCUGGGCUUUCUUAUGCAGGGGAUUUCAGAAUGGUGAUUGGAGAAGAUAAAUCCAAGGUGACAAAUAUUGUCCAAGACAACAUUCAGCACUUUCGUAUUCUGUACAGCAACAUCCUGCGGGACUGCCCUCAGGUGGUCUAUAAGUCCCAGCAAGGAAAACUGGAGGUUGACAAAAGCCCAGAGGGCCAGUUUAUCCAGCUGAUGGCGUUACCUCGGACACUCCAGCAGAAGAUCACAAAGCUGGUCGACCCUCCAGGGAAGAACCGAGAUGUGGAGGAGAUCCUGCUGCAGGUUGCUCAGGACCCAGACUGCGGAGCUGUCGUACAGCAAGGUAUUUCAUCUAUUGUAAAGACCUCCAGUAUAACACAGAGCAUCAAAGGCAUCGCUACAGCUGGAGUUUGGAAAACGGUGUCAUACAGCUCUAAGAAACUGAUAAAGAUGUGGAAGGGUUGGAGAAGAAAGCCGUCUGUCUCCCAGAUGUCCUGAUCCUGUCUGUUCACCCGGAGCUGUCUUUUUCUAUAACCAUCACUAAGACAAUCAACGAUAAUCCUUUGAUUUUUUUCUUUACCCUGAAACAAACCGUGUCUGUGGAACAACCACAAGCUUCCCUCUUUUCAAUAUCUCUGCACAUCCUCCCUGAAUAACACAACUUUCAAGGUAUGACUCUUUGUUUGAAUAGUGUAGAAAUGCUGCACUGCUGCCCUUUGCUAUGCAAAUAAUAGAAGUGGUAGAAAAGAGAGUGACAUUUCACAAGCUGGACCAGGAUAAGGGAGGAAAUUUAAUGGUAGUACACAAUGGACCUUCCUGGAUAAUGACCACAGAGACUGUCGAGGAACUGUUAAACAUGUCUGGCGCCUCGGCGCCAAAUCAAUGUGAGCACUGCAAACUAGAGUUCUGUGAGAAAUAAUAAGGGAAAGCCUUUGGUGUCACCGUCAUAUUUUGAAACAUGUGAGUGUGUUCGUGCAUUUUUUAUGUGUGUUUCUACCUCAACGAGAUGAUGAUGAGCAGCAGAGGAGAAGCCUGAAUUGUGCAUGAUGUUCCUGUGGUCAUUUUUGUCUGUAUUGGUGUGAAAUGUUGCACAGAUACACUUCAUAUUCUCCUCUUACAUUGCCAAAGAGCUCCAAUCUUACAUGUCUUUAUAUUUCACAUUCUUACCAUUUUUGAUGGUUAAAGCUUAUCCAUGCUGGUAUUUCUUCUUUAGUAAAUAGGAGAAAAUCUAUGAUAUGCUGAACAUGUUCCUCAUGAUUAACAUCUGUUGUACUCACCACCUCAGCAUUAUGAGCUGCUCUUAUUGACAACUGGAAAUCUCUGUUGGAAAAAGCAUUGUUUUUUUCCAUUACACUUGAAGCGUUGUCUAACUCAGUUACAAGAAAUUGGUUUAAUAAACUUUUAAAUAGAAUU